AUGCAAUUGCGGCAGGCUCACACGUCUCGCAUGGCAGGAAGCGAAGGCGAGACCGAGGUGCGGCAGGAGACGGAUGCGCUGGUGGGCGAGAGGCGGCCGCGGUAUGUCCGGCCAUACGCGACAGCGGUCCAGCUGUGGGGACUCGGAUGGGCGCUCGACGGCGGAGCGACGAUACGUGUGGCGACAAGCGCAGGGAUCGGCAUCUGCGCUGCAGUCUUCUACGGCGUGAUGGCCAGCGGUGUCGAUGAUGGACAAGUGGCGCCUAGGAUGUAUUCGCGGGAAAUGGCGGUGACGGGAGCGCUGGCGAUGCUCCUCUGGGUCGUCCUCUACCUCGCUGGCGUGUGGGCCUUUGCCUCGCCGGUCAAGCUCGCCGGAUCGGUGGCCAAGAGCUGGUCAGAGGUGGUGACCAUCGCGCUGCGAGACGACGAUCAGGCGGUGGCACGGUUUGUGGCGAGUGAGGCGAGGAUCUGGCGGUGUGUGUUUGCUGUGACGGCCAUCGUCGGCUUGCUCUUUGUCGGAUUUGGCGCUUCGCUGUUCGAGCGCUGGUGGCUCGGGCUAGUUGUCGAGGGCGUGGUCUCUGCCACGAUUGUGGCCGGCAUGUGCAUGGUGGUGGGGCAUUUGAUUGUUGUUGCGCUGCUUGUGGCUCACGCUGUGGAUGUGGUGGCUUCUGGUGUGGUGGCGCCGGCUGAAAGCGAGGGCGGCGGCGGCGGCGAGGGUGGACGGGCAGGAGGAGGGCAGAGUGUCGAGUUGCUGCCGAUGCUGGCGGAUUUAGCGUCUGUGGCCGACGCGCUGUCGGCGCGGUACGCAGUGGUCUCGGUCAUCUUCUUCCUGCCGUCGAUCAUGGCGCUGGUGUACUCGCUGGUUGAGCUGUCGCAGUCGUUUUCGGCCAAGGCAGACGCCGGCGAGGUGGUGAGCCUGAUCGUGAACGCCAUCGGGGUGUACGCGCUGCUUCUCGGCCCGCUGUAUGCACUUGUGAUGGUUGCCGGACGGGCAGCGCGGCUGCGAGUGGCGCUGCUGACGCGGCCGCUUCGUGGAACUGGCGCGCUGCUCGAGUCUGCGGCUGCAGGGCAUGCGACGCAGAUGCUGGAGCUGGUGGCGUGGCAGGUUGUGGGCGUGCCGGUCACGCCUGGGCUUGCGGGCCGGAUCGCAGUCUCUGCAUUUACCAUUGCCGCCGCAGUGGUCUCGAUCCGGCUUGCGGGGUGA